UCCUCCUUACCUCGGCCGGCGGUCGGGAAGCCCAGAGCUUUUAUCUGCAGACCGCGCGGGAGGGAGGCGGACCCCUGCGAUCUUCCCAGACCUGAGCGCUGCGCCCGGCAGUGGCGGCGGCGGCGGCGGCUCUCAGCCGAGUUCUGCCUCCGCGUCCGCGCCAGCCCGUAGCCCCCGGGGGCAGACGGUCUGUUCCCGAGCGGCGAGAGGAUGGUCAUUCGCGUGUUCAUCGCCUCCUCCUCGGGCUUCGUGGCGAUAAAGAAGAAGCAGCAGGAUGUGGUUAGAUUUCUGGAAGCCAACAAGAUAGAGUUUGAGGAAGUGGACAUCACGAUGUCGGAAGAGCAGAGGCAGUGGAUGUACAAGAACAUCCCCCCAGAGAAGAAGCCUGAUCAGGGCAACCCUCUGCCACCUCAGAUAUUUAAUGGUGACCGAUACUGUGGAGAUUAUGACAGUUUUUUUGAAUCCAAGGAAAGCAACACAGUCUUUUCAUUCUUAGGCCUGAAAUCACAAUUGGCAUCAAAGGCCGAACCUUAGCAAAGACAAGUGGAAGAGGACGGAGAUGCAUUUUGGAGCACCCCCUGGUACUCAGCACACACCUUCUUACCUAAUGUAUCACUGUGACAGAAGCCACAUGCAUUAUCAGUAACUUUGCUUGCCAUGGAAAAGGUGUUUUGGGGAGACAUGGGUCUAAUGGGAUUGCAUGAUUGCUUUAAACCAAAUCAGGACUGUGGUGGGGUUUUUUUUUUUCUUAUUUUCAGAGUUGCCUGCAGUUGCCUCACUCACCUGGAGGUACUGUCACCUGUUGCAGGUGUGCUCCCUGAAUAACUGAGUGAUAAGCGGGUAGCACUGUCAGAGAGAAAAUAUUGGAUCUACCCUGGGUUGUAGCUGAUGCUAGCAUUGCUCAGACCUGCUUCUCUUUAAGCUGCCUAGGUGGUAUCCUUGAAAUUAGUCUGCCAGGCUAUUAGAAUAUUUUGAUCAGAAAGAGAAAAAGCAAUGUUGGUUGACAAAGGGCUGAAAACUUUUGCUGCAGAACCGCAGACAUCACUAUUCCAGUGCUUUGUCAUAACCAUAGAAGAAGUUAGAUAUUCUGGCCUCCUUUUAGUAACGGAAAUUCUCCCCCCCAUAAAUCCUCCGAGCUCCUACAGGUGUUUCCAGAAAUCACUGUUGCAACAAUGCGUGAUCAGAACUGAGUGACUGGGAUGAAAAGAAUUGCUAUUUUGAAAAAUAUAUGCUGCUUUGUCUCCUGCAAGGGGCAAGUUUCACCUAAUUGUAAGAUUGCUUAAAAGAUAUAUUUAAAGAGGUGCACUGGUAGUAAAUUUAUAGGGACAUUAUCUGACUCGUUUCUGAAGGCAUUUCAGCUCUAGCAACUUAUUUAUGUGUAAGUGCACAUAUAUUUUUAAACGCAGCUCCCCUGACUAAUAGCUGCUUAUAUAUUUUGUGAAGGGAUUAUAUUUUUGGGGUAAGGAAGAUCUUGGUUAGAAAUAUUUUGUGAACCCUUGAUGAGGCCUAUUAAAAGAUGCUAAUAUUGCUGUACACUUUAGUUUUUUUUCCUGUGUUACUUUUCAUUGGUCCUCUAACUGCCAGCUCAUAUUUCUGGCCAAUGCACAGUCCCGGAUUUUCAGAGUAACGUAUGUUCUCAUUCCACAUAUGAACACCAGUGAUUUUUCAAAACAGUAUACACAAGAAAGGGGCUGUCAGAGACUCGCUCUGAAUUGUACUUGGCAUGUGAAAUCUCUACUCCUUUCGGAAUGGGUGCUGAUAAACACUGUCUACUUCAUUAGGGCAAAGGCUCCUUUUCUGCAUCCUUGUCCCUGCUCACAUUUUUUAGAGUUUCUAGUUGCCAAACCUGCGAAUAGUCUUGAAUAGAAUAAAUUCAGAGGGUUGCCUAAGAUUUUCUGCUUUUCUCAGCAUCCUACUGGUGGACCUGCCCUUUAGAUUCUGAGCAGGAAGUUUGUAAGAAAUGGAAAUAACAGAAGAAUUUAGUCCCUGUCACCUGUGUUCUCUCUCCUUCCAACUUGCUAAAUGUGGACUAUUCCAAAGAACUUGUUGAAUGCUAAAGCUGACAUCCCAGCCUGAGAUUUGCAUCCCAGGACUACCACCAGAAGAAAAGCAUGCCACCUAUUCCUACUUGACUGGCGCAGAUACAUAAUCCAUAAUUUUCUCUCCAAGGAAAGCUGCUGUAAAAUCAUGGCUAUGACUGCUUAGUUGGCAUUAAAUAUGAUCCAGGUCAAAUCCCACUUGAUAAAUCCCAGGGACUAUCCAGGGAAUUUUUUUUUGAACUGGAUACUGUGUUAAAGUCUAAGAACACUUAGAAUUUUUUUUAAGAUACGGCAAUUUUUAAAAAGUUAAUGUUGCAAUGAUCUAACUUCAUUUUGUCUGCUCUUGCCAGUGAGUACCAAGAAGCAGCUUGGUAAGAUUGAGUCUUGGGGUUGUAGGAUCAAUACAAUUCUUGCUAGACCAAGAAAGCUACUCAGACUUGUUUUGUCUCGAAAUUUUUGAAUUACUUUGGUUAUAGUAGGCCCAGUAUGGUUGUCCGAAACAGAUUAGAUGAAUAGGAGAACUAAGUUAUUACCACAGAUACACAUCAUCUACCCCACCCCAAUUUUUUUUUUUUUUUUUUUUUUUUGAGCAGCAAAGAAAUAGGAGAGACCGGCUUCAGCUGGUAUUGUACUUGUCAUGCAUGAGCUAGAAGCACAUUGUGUGGCAUUUCCCGCAGCACCCAGACUCAGCAGAGUCCUAAGGUAUUGCCCUCUGGGACCACACCAUGUUCAGAGAGUACUGUGUCCUUACUUGUGUUUUACCAGCUGAAUUCCAAACAUGUAAUGAUUUUUUUUUCAUCCCUUCUUUAACUAGCUGCCUUUAGAUCUGGAUAAUCAGUCUUAAAAACCUAGGAAGUGGGUGGGAAUUGCAGACAUAGAUGUGCUAUCAAGAGCAUUUCAAGACAAUUUUUAUUUCCUGUAGUAGGCUUGUUGGGGCAGAGAAAAUGUACUGCUAAAAAUCAAAUUAUGCCGUUUUAAAACAAGAUAAAAUACAGAGUGCUAUCCUGCUAGGUAUGUGCGGACCAGAAGAAAAUUUAGUUGGGGAAGAACUUGUUUUUCCAGAUUCUGGUGUUCUAUUAAAAUCAAAGAGGAGAAAAGGAAGAUUUUUUUUCUCUCAGGCUCUAACGUAUUUUAGAUUUGUUUCUGUUUUAUAGAUUUAUUCAAGACUCCCACGUAGAUGUUUUUCUAUUACAUGAAUUUAAUAAUGAACUAAACUUAUUUUUUGUCCUCUGUUGUUGAAAGGUACCAAAGCCUCUUCUGUUUUGUUUUUUAAUUUGAUUUUGCUAUAUAAGGUUUUGCUUUUUCUAGAAAUGUUUUUCAUUUAACAUCUUUUCUAAAGUGUCAGGGCCCACUUUGAUCUGCAAAAUUAUUGUUUUUAGAUUUCAAUUUGUAUGCAUUUGUCUCUAAAGGCAUUGGUGAAAUCUUGGAUUUUAUAUUCAGCAUUAAAGAGAAAUAAAUUCCAGAAAACACAUAUUCUGAAAAUGGAGUGUUUGUUCCCGACCAUUUCUUACACCUUUUCUAAUUUUACUUCUGUUUUUGGUUGAAACCUUCCUGUUUAGUUGGGAUGCUGUAUUUUUGCUCCCAUUAUGAACCCCAUACCUAAAAGCUGCAGAUUCAUUGUAAAAAUGCAGAUGGAUCAUUUGACCACUUGAGGAGAUGAGUGUGUGUGUGUGUGUGUGUUGCAGGUGACUGCAGAAUCAGACAGUGACCAAGACCAAGCAUGGCGUUAGGUCACUCGUCACCUGGUUCAAAUGGAUGAUGGUGGUUUUGUGAGUACGCUGAAGCAAUGGGCUGUGGAUUCGCUUCCCUAAUUUCAUGAAAAAAAGUACAGUGUAGCCACAACCCUUAAUAACAGGGCUCCCUUUGCUGCAGCCACCCCUGAAAGCAGAAGAUGUUUCUGAAGGCAGCGUCUGAGGUUAAGCCCAUCCCUGAACUGUUUCUAACUUAAACACCAGGAUGAGGGAGGGUAAAGGAAGAGAGAAAGCGACCAGGCUCUCAGUUUCCAGGAAUGAACUAAAUCGUGAAGCCAAAGAAGCCAAGUAAUCCCUGCCCAUUUGUAACCCAGAUUUUCAAAGUUUUCCUAAUUUUCUAGGAAUGCAGGUUAGUUUGGUCCUUCCCUUAAUCAGCGUGUGUUGAGCCCCUAGAAUGUGAUGGGGACUGUCCGAGUAGAACAAUAAUCUCCACCCUAAGGAGGAAAGAAACAGAGAAGCAGUGGCAGCAGCAGUCACUUGAGAAACAGGUAAGUGCACAGUGUUCCAAGCGAUGGUUCAUCAUCUGAAACGUGAUGUGUAAUCUUUUUCUUUGUAUGUUUCAACCCGUCCAAUUUUAUUAAUUAUUUCAUACACGCAACGGAAUAAACAUGCACAUACACACAUAUAAUAUAUACACUGACAUGUAAAGAAAAAUAAACAAACGCCCGUGUGUCUGCCACCAGCUUGCUGCCUUUCCUUUGGGGCACUGUGUGCUCCUCACUGACCCUGUCCCGUCCGUCCCUGUUUGAUAGCGGGAGCCCAUCCUGAACGCUGUGUUGAUUGUAGCCUUCCUGCCCUUUAUUAUUUUGCCUUUGUGUACUUAUCUUUAAAAACUAAUAAAUGGAGUUAAACUGUAUUCUUCUGUCACCUUUUUAUGGUCAUUGCAUUUGGGCAUAAUCAUUUUGAAACCAGUACCCUAGCUUGUUUAUUUUCACUACUAAGUAUUAUUUUAUUGUAUAACUAUAUCACAAUUUUUCCCUUCUCCUGUUGCUGGAUAUAGAAACACAUCUUUCUUUGAAAUAGAAAAAGGAAAUGUUACUACAAACGUUCUUUUACGUGAUUUCUGGUCCACGUACACAAGUAGAUGUAUACCUUGAGUAGCAGAAUUGCUGUGCCACACAUGCAAUAAAGCACAUCAUCACCCUACGUAGAGAAGGCAAGAUUGUUUUCCGAAGUAAUGGUACCUUACUGACACUCCCGCUGGUGUACUAGGAUUUCUGGUAUUCUCGAUCCUCGCCAACGUUGGAGAUCCUUGGACUCAAAAUUUUGUCAAGCUGAGGAGUGUAAAACAGUGUCUCAUGGCUUCACUUUGCAUAUGUUUGAUUACUAAUAAAAUGAACAUGUUUUACAAUGGAAAUUCCUUUUUCUCCCUGGAAAUCCCUCUUCAUGUCUUUUACCAUUUUUUCUAUUGUGUUUUUAAUUAAUUUUUGCAAGUUCCUUAUACUUACCUUUUAUUGAUGAAUGCUUAACUAUUAAAGUAGAGGGAAAUCAUAUUUAGAAUAGAAAAAUCUUCUGAAACUAUUUCCAGAAUU